AUGUUUGUCCUUGCUAGCCAGAUAUCUCCGAUGAAUACCAGGCAGGCUCUUAGACUAUGGGUGGUGCGAGCAUAUCAGAUUCCUGAGAGAAGUGAUGCAUCGAAGUUUAGAUCAAAAGAGGUUGUUUUUCAUGAUGAAGAGGAGAAACUAAUCAAUGGCAAGAACUCCAGGCUGAUUGACUUCACCAUUGAAGAUACUGAUGGAAUACAACUAAUGUGUACUUUGUGGGAUGAACACGUAAGCAAAAUUGAGGCAUUCUACAAUUCUACUUCACAAGAGCCAUUAUUGGUGUUGAUACAGUUUUGUAGGGCUAGGGUGUGUCUAAAAAGUUGUGAUGUCAAGAUUUGUAGCUCCUAUGAUGUAACACAGCUGCUUUUCAACCAAGAAUCUCCCCCAUUUGAGGAGUUCAGGAAAAGUAUUAGCCAUGAACAGACUCCAAUGCGCAGUAUAAUUUCCCAGUCAAGUUUUAAGGAAUGUAGCUCCUAUUCAGUUUCCCUAUCUGCUGAUAUGGAAGUUCGUACUAUCAAUGACAUCUACAGAGACAAGGAGUUUGGGGAUUUUUGGGUUGCAGCAAGGAUUGUAUUCAUUGAUGAUCCAGAGUGGUACUAUGCUUCGUGUAGAACAAAGGGUUGCAACAAAAAACUGAAACUCAAAGGAAAGUGGCUAUGGUGUAGUACAUGUGACAGAAAUUGGGGUGACGGGACUCUCAGGUACAGAAUUAAGGUUAGGGUUGUGGACUUGGAUGGCAAUGCUCCUUUCCUUCUAUGGGACAGGGAGUUCCUCGAUCUACUUGGAAUUAGCGCGGAUGAUCUGAAGGAUACCCAUACUAAGGGAAGGAAGGGGCUACCUAAGGAGCUCGAGACUCUAAUUGGACUGAAUCUCCUAUUUCGAAUUGCCGUUCGCAAAGAACAGUUCCAGAAUUAUCUCAAUGCUUUCCCUGUUAUGAGGAUCAUCACUGAUGAAAAGAUUGUAGCAAAGCAUGCACCAGAACUAAUAGGAGUAAGGGACAGGGAUCUCAGUUCAAAGUUGGAGUUGGAGCUUACAGAUGAGGACCUAUGGGAUCUAGAGGAAGCAGACCAAGCAAAUGAAGCUGAAAGUCCACUCCAUGUUGUUGCACAGAGACUCAAUGCAGAGAAUAGUAUUGAGAAUGGAACAGUCAAGAGAUCACUAAUCGAUGAAUUUUCAAGCACACAAAGGAGUGGUGCCACAAAUGAUGGAAAAAGAAUGCAGAUGUAUGGUAAAAUAUGUCAAGAGAUGGCUGACAUGGCAGAACAAAAUGAAGAAGAUGGUAGAGAUAUCACUAAAAAUGGAAAGUGGUGGCACACAAAUCAGUUGAAGAUGCAGAUAACAUCUAGCAAACAGACCAUCAAAUUGUAUUUGGAGUGA